CUGAUUCACAUGGAGCUGUAAAUCAUGACCAUGUUCCGGUGGAUUUUGAUGAUAGUGAUAAUCGAGAAGUCCCCUUAUCUGGCCUACGUAUUCUACCAGGUUAUUUUACAAAUUUAUGUGAAUUAGUUAGUGUAACCGGUGGUGAACUUAACAUAAUGAAUGUGUUAGAAAUGCAGUUGUGUCACGAAUGCGCCGUCAUAGCGGUGUCGAUCGUACCAUUUGAAGAUUGUCAUAUCAUUCUUGGUCACUGUCAG